AUGAACAAACAAGAGAUCAAACAAAAGUGGCAACAAGCUCUCACUCUUGCACAAAGUUUCACUCCAGACAAAUUCAAAUUCUACGAACAAAAAGAUCACGUCGUCAUUAGUAGUUGUGAAGAUCCCAAUGGAACAGUGGUGAUGGGUCAACUCGUGAUUGAAAAGUGCACAGCUGCCGAAUAUUUACAAGUCAUUCAAACCACCGAGUUAAAGACUUGGGUGUUAUUAGAUCCAAAAGCAAAAGAAUAUGUGGAAUUGGAUUCUUUUGAAGAUCAAGAUGGUCAUUAUUCCAUUCGGUAUUACAUUGGUGCUUCUCCCAACAUGAUGGUGAGUGAUCGAGAUUUCAUCAUUUGUUUACACAUCCAUCAUGAUGAUCAAGUCUCUUCAAAUCGUUACAUCGUGGUAACUACCUCUGUCGAUGGUUCCUACACUUCUGAUUUGGCGACAUCGCACGGCGUUCGUGGAACGAACAUCUUUUCGUAUCAUGAACUCGUGGAAACGGAACAUGGAGAUUUACAAGUGGUGUUUAAGGGACAAGCUUCAGCGAAUGGAUGGAUUCCAACUGCAGUGGCGAAUCAAGUGGUAUAUGGUCGUCCAUUGAUCAUUGCUGCAGUGGCCAAGUAUUUGGGAAAGUCUACACGCAGUGUUUGA